AUGGAGUCGGUUCGAAGAAGUCGCCAGACGAAUAUCCUCGAAAAACCACUUAGCAAAGGAAGAAAUGAGGUAAUUGAUUCAGUUGAAAGUUGGUGUGGAUCAUUUGAAAUGACUUAAUGACUCAAAUAUUGUGUCGAUGGUUUUUUUUAGAUCAAUGUAAGCACUUUCGGUUUGCUGUUUUCUGAGAUGAUUCAGUAUUGUCAGAACAGAGUUCACACGGUCCCAGAGCUUCAAACAAAGUAAGUUUCAAAUGUAAAAGUAGUUACAAAAGCAUUUAUUCUCUUGAAAUUGAAAUGAGACUUUGUUGUGCUUUGUUUUGUUCUAGUCAGGGACAUGGGAGGUCAGGUGGGUGAGGGAAGAAAACGAUUUGGUGGGGGGGGGGGGGGGGUACAACCAAGGGGGGGGGCCUUUUUUUGUAUUUUACCAAAUGGGCAGCAUUUUUAUAAAAUAUUUUUGUUUGUGUAAAAGGGGAAACAAAAAAAAAAAUUGAAAAAAGGGUUUUGGGUCCAAAAUAAGUUAGGGGGGAGUUUUUUAGAAGAAAAAACAAGCAAGGUGGGUUUUCUUAUUUUGUAAUUUACCAAAUGGGCAGCAUUUUUAUAAACUAAUUUUGUUUGUGUAAAAGGGGAAACUACAAAUAAAAUUUGAAAAAGGGUUCUGGGAUCCAAAUAAGUUAGAGGGAUGUUUAUCAGCAGGAAAAAAAACACUGAAGCUUAAAUUCCACGGCCAUUUGACUCUGCAGUGAAGACCAAUAUUCAUCCAUCUCCAACUUAACAAAGCCUGCUUUAGUGAAUGAGUGAGAAUGGAACACGGCCAGGAGAUAUGAAGGCUUACUAGUUACCCCCUUGCCAAAAAAUGCUCUUUGUUAGUGCUAUAGUGUCUUCUUGAUUGAACACGGCAAGCUGCACCCGAUAAAUGCUGGUCUAAACAAGGGAGUGUCACCCAUAAGUAAGCCCCUCAGAGAUUUGCUUUUGGUAAAAACUUACAUCAUACAAGACACACAGCUGUCAAGAAAGAGGCGUAAAGACCUUCUAAGAUAUAGCAGGCUAGGCUUGAAGGAACAUAUCCUCAAGACCAAUUCCCCAGUCACACCAACUAAACAUAUUCAACUAAAAAGUGACAAACAGUCAUAAAAAACUAAAACACAGGCUUUUGCACUAGACUUGCCAUCAAUAAAAGUGCAGUGAGCAGCCUUUGAAAAGAAAACAAAUUUAAUCCAUGUAUGAUUAAAAAUCUUCUAAACAUGUUAUCCUUUGAAGUGAAUGGGGAUCAAGCUUUGAUAAAUAGAGGUCUUGGACUGAAAAAAUAGAGAAUAUUUAUAGGCUUAUGUACACAUGUAAGACUGACUGAAAAUUUAUGCUGUUAACAGGUUAUCAGAUCUUGGCCAGCAGGUUGGUUCCAGAGUGCUUGAUGUCUUGGUGUUACGAGAAAAAGGAAUGAAGCGGGAAGUGAGAGUACUAAACAUUCUCCUGUUUAUCAAGUCAGUUUUUUGGAAGGUAAGAUUCUUUGAAGAAACAGCCUGUUCACUUUCCUAAAUUUUUUCUUCUACUGUAUAAUAUUGAUCUCUGUAGAGAUACAUGUAACCAUGAAACUUUUUUUGUUGUUAUCAGUGCUCACUGUAACUUCAGUAUUAUAUUAAUUAGAUUUACCCAAGGAUAAAAGUGAGUCUCCCAUUAAUUUACUAUAAAACAAUAAUUAUAAUAAAUAAAUAAAUUUAUUUACUUCAAACAAUAAACUUGUAAGCAUUGCAAAGGAAUUCACUUGGAGUUAUCCUGUGGUGCGGGCGGAUGGAGAUGCAAGUGGACAGUCAGACAACAGAUGGUCAGGCACCUACCAAUAUUUCUCGAAUGGAUAGAUAUCCAAAUUGUCUUAGCUAUAGGGAUCUGCUUAUGGAGCUCGUUAAUUUAAUGGUUGAGUCAUUCUUGCUUCAGAUCAAACAACUCAUUGUACCUCUUUGCCUUUUAAAAGUCCUGACACUUCCACUCUCAAUGCUAGCUUUUUUUCCAGGCUUUUCUUCUUAUUCUGUUUCUUUGUUUAUUUACUUACCAUAAAAUUUUGUUUUUCCUUGCAGUCAUUGUUUGGUAAAGAGGCUGAUAAACUGGAACAAGCCAAUGAUGAUGACAAAACUUGUAUCCUAUGUUUUGAUUAGGAGCAUAAACCUUGUGCAGUUUGCUUUGGCAAUUUAAACCUGUUGCUGUUUUACUGUUCUUGUUGACGUCAGUGUUGUCGUUACUUAAGCUCCCUAAUGAGGAAUGGCUUUAGACUCUGUUGUUCAACUUUUAUCACCAGGUCAUGUGGAGAACAUCAGUGACUGAUAAUUUUAUAUUGAUUCACAGUACUGAUGUUUGUAUUGUUGUAUAUCCCGGCAAGCCCUGGCAAAGAUGGCGAAAUAUUAAAAAGAGGUUACAUAGACUUCUCCUGGGUUUACAAAUCUUUUAUAGUAACUACAAAUUCAUCACAAAAUUUGUCUGGACAUGUAAAUUUUUAUUUUAGAACCAAUGUUAAUUAAUUUUGUUCAUGUAAUGAUCACCACAUUUGAUUAAUAAUUGUUGACUGAUCCUUUCUUUUACCUACUGGUAUUUUAUUUUUAACCCUCGCCUUUAACUUGAACUUCAUGCUAACUUGAACUUAAAUCAAUUUCCCCUGGAUUUCCCUCAUACAUUUACUGUAAUUUUACCCUCAGUAACCCGAACCCUCAAUAACUCAAAGCUCCUGCUAACUUGAAAUAAUAUUUUUGUUUCCCUUCAGAUCUUUUUUAUACAAUAAAUUUUAUCCACCAGCUUCAUUACUCAAACCAUGUUUUUAGUCGAAAAAACGCAGUGAACUGUAGUCUGAAACAUUGAAUUUCUCUCAAAACAACCGUAUUGUUUCAUUACUUUUUCGUCAGUCCAAUUCAGAUACAAUAUUUGGCGCUGUACUGAUUAAUCAAGCUCAAAAUAUCAAUAUCUUAUCUCUUGCUGCCCUUGUAGGGAAGGGUACAUGAUACUUGCAUUCCUCCCCCUUCCUAUUUCUUUACUUCUGGUUAUUUGCUUCAAACUCCCAAUAACUCAAACUGUUUUCGAUUUCCCUUGAAGGUUCAAGUUAUUGCAUGUCAGCUGUAUAAAAAAAUUAUUAUUAGAGAUUGAAGUAGUAUUUUAUGAAUUAGUCCUUGACACAUGUUGUAGAUUAUAUUAUUGAAAAAGAACCACUUGUCAACAAAUUUAUCUCAGUUCCUAAAGACAAAGGUUUGUAUACAUCAAACAAAUUAACUGCAUUCAUGGUGUUACAUAUACUGUGGCUACUUAGCCAAUAAACACAACAUCAAUAUAUUCAAGCUCAUUUGACUUUCCCAGUUNGAAUUAGUCCUUGACACAUGUUGUAGAUUAUAUUAUUGAAAAAGAACCACUUGUCAACAAAUUUAUCUCAGUUCCUAAAGACAAAGGUUUGUAUACAUCAAACAAAUUAACUGCAUUCAUGGUGUUACAUAUACUGUGGCUACUUAGCCAAUAAACACAACAUCAAUAUAUUCAAGCUCAUUUGACUUUCCCAGUUAGCUCUUAACAAUGGCGACUCUUACAAUACAAUGAAUAGACUGAGAUAACAUAAAACAUCAGAAAAUAAGUAAUCAUGCGGAGACAUUCAAACAAUAAGAGGAAUAGGAAAACUUCUUGGCACACAUUCACUCUCACAUCCAACCAUUUUGAUCAGCACACAUGACCAAAGCUUCCUUUUUUUCUGCAAGUAUUAUUUUACAAUAAUAAUAUUAUUAAUAAAAUGCUAAUGAAACUGUUUUGAAUUUAGUGCUUUAAUGAAAAAAAAAACAGUGUUUGUCCCAAUGUGUUUCCCCUCAAAUGUAUCAUGAAAGGAUAUUAUUUCUUCUUUGCUGCAGGUAUUCUAAUUUUUAUUUAACUUGUCAUUUUGUCCCUGAACAGGAAGUCUAAACUGUGCCUCAUUUGUUGCUGGAAUUGUGGAAGCCGUGUUACAUGGAUGUAACUUUGUAAGUAUUAGAGUGAGUUCCAUAUAUCAUGUUCCAGUUGUUUGAAAGCUGGAUACCAUUAAAUUUUUAUCGGAUCCACCAAAUAAAUUAUUAUCAUUGUUAUUCAUUGAAAAUAUUUACAGAAAGCUAGUUAUAAGAAAUUAAAACAACGUCAUUUGGUAUUCAUAUGUCUUUGUCUGUCAUUCAUAAAACAACAGCUAAAACAAUGGCUACUAAGUUGACCAAUCAGAGCUCGAUCCCAACCAAAUUACAGACAGAUUUUAUGUCUUCAGUAUAGAAUUUUGUUGCUGAGGCUCAGACGUCCUCUCUAGCAAAACGUCCUGAGUAGCAAGGAGAAAGGAGAAACAGCUACUUCUGCAGGCUAAGCCUAAUUUUGGAAUCACUAUGGGGUCUUUUGCUAAGUAACAAAUUUGGUCUGUGACUUCAGGCUCAAUAUUAAGUUGCAAUAUUAAAUAAAGUAGGUGUCAAUUUGUUGCACUGAAAUGUUUGAACUAAGUGAUGUAGAGAUGCAAUAUGUCUAUAUUAGUUUUCUUUCAAAAGUAUAGAGCUAAUGUGAUAACCAGUGCAAGAAAAUCAUGAUAAAAUCUCCAUUAAAUUGUGAAAAAUCCCCUAAUGCCAAGAAGCCUUUGAAGAACCUAAAAUUGAAAAACAAAGUUUGAAGUGAUAAAUGAUUAUGAUACAGUGGAUGGUGUUGACGGACAACAAUAAAUUUUCUGUAUUAUCAAUAAAAGUAAUAUUAAUUUUUCUUUUUGGUUGUAGCCUGCAAAGGUCACAGCUCAUUGGCACAAAGGAACAACUCUUAUGAUAAAGUUUGAAGAGUCUGUUAUUAUAAGAGAUAAAUCAUUGGAUGCAAGAUAAUAAGUUUCACUGUAUACUGUGCAGGAAUGUGGCAAACUUGUAAAUAAUUUGGACAAACACAAUUUAUACUAAGUGGAACAGAGAUAUAGAGACUUGUAUUGUAUGGUAUGUACCUUUUAGGAAAUCUAUGCAGAACUCUCUCAAAAUGCUUUAUGUGACAUAGUUGGCAGGCUUAGAUAGAGAGGUUCAGAGAUGUCAUUAUCAUCAUCUUCAUCAUCAUUAAAAAAUGUUCUUUUAAGAGAUGUACAGCAUUUGAUUAUUGUUAAAAGUCGCAGGGCAAAAAAAUGGGCCUAAAAAUUA